AUGGAAGCUGUUGUAGCCGCAAAACCGGUGAUCAAAGUGGCUUCACUUUGUGAGUCUUUAAGGAAAGGCUCUUUUAACAGAGGCUUAAUUCAAACCGCUUUGGAGAUUACUAAGGAGUCCAUUAAUGGGAUUCAGAUGGAAUACAUCGACAUUUCAAGGACACCUCUGAAGAAUGCAAUUGACUGUGCUUCAAGACUACCAAACGUAUGGGGAGAUAAAGCGGCUGCCAUCAUAAGCGCCGGAGGAGGCUUCGGUGGUGCUCGGUCGCAUUAUCAUCUUCGACAAAUUGGGAUUUAUCUCGAUCUCCAUUUCAUCAAUAAGCCCGAGUUUUACUUGAACACGUUUCAGCCUCCGGCAAAGUUUGAUAGCGAUGGCAACCUUAUCGAUCCAUCGUCGAAGGAGAAGAUAAAGGAAGUUCUUCUAUCCUUGCAAGCAUUUACCCUGCGACUCCGAGACGAUUACAUUCCGUCCUUUUUCCAUCUUCAAUGUGAGGUUCCAGAGAUGUUUUUCUUUGUUUUGUUGGUCUUCCUCAAAACCCCACAUUGA